CGGGGGGGGGGGUGAGGGGGGGGUGGCCGCCGCGUUGGACUUUGAAGCUUUCUCCUUCACCGCCCCUCGGAGAGGCAAAGACAUCUACAAUCAACGUUUGUUGGUCGAUGUCUUUCAUUUAUCGCACUCGCUACGUCUCCACACACACACUCCCCCUCCUCUCUCUCUCCCAAGUCGUCGUCGGUGUUGUUGUUGAAAGUUGCGGCUACAGCGGCGGCAGCGGCGGCCUCUCCCCUUCUCUGAAGGAACAACAACAACCCCGGGCCCGCUUGCAAAGGAUGGAAUCGGUGCCACCCGUCAGCCGCGUGGCCAUCUUUGGCGGCACACAUGGAGACGAGAUGUCCGGGGUGUGCUUGGUGCGCCACUGGCUGUCAGACGCUGGCGAGGUAGCUGCGGAGAUAUCGCGUCCGUCAUUCAGCAGCACGCCUGUCAUGGGCAACCCCCGUGCAGUGCAGCACUGCACGCGCUACAUUGACACCGACCUCAACCGUUGUUUCACGCAUGAACAGCUCGCGAUGGAAGUGAAGGAGGACACCCCAUAUGAGACUCUACGUGCACAAGAAAUAAAUCGCCUGUUUGGGCCCAAGGGCUCGGAUAAAGCCUUUGACUUUAUAAUAGACAUGCACAACACCACGUCGAACAUGGGCAACUGCCUGAUUGUGUCUAACUCCGCCGACAUCGUGGUCUUGCACAUGGCUCGAUACAUGCAGAGCAAGUGCCAACCCAUGCCAUGCCCUGUGCUUCUCACAGAGCACCCUGUGCUGCAGUAUGCCACAGGGAGAUCUGUAGCCAAGCAUAGCCUUGGACUAGAGCUUGGGCCUCAACCACAAGGUGUUGCACGGGCAGACGUUCUCAUCCGCAUGAGGAAGCUGGUCACAACGGCCCUUGACUUCCUGCAUCUUUUCAACACAGGACAUGAGUUUCCGGCUGGCAGCUUGGAGGUGUGCCGUGUCACUGAGCGCAUUGAUUACCCUCGGGACUCGCAUGGGAAUUUGACCGCUGUCAUCCACCCUGAUCUACAGGAUCGUGACUGGGAGCCACUGCAUCCAGGAAAGCCUGUAUUCCUCACUCUGGAUGGAGCAACCGUUCCGUACAAGGGCCCUAGCGUCACUAUCCCUGCCUUUAUCAAUGAGGCAGCCUACUAUGAGAAAGGCCUGGCCUUCUGGGCAACCCAGCGUGAAAUGCUACACUUCCCAGCUCUUCGCGUGGAUGGGCAAGCCAGCCAGGCUCACAUUUAAUUGUUGUACCUUAAGUUUCUCUGCACUGCUAACAAUCAAAUUGCAUAACACGUACUUAUAGAUCUAUUUUAAAAAGUAAAAAUAAUUUUGUACUAGCAUUCGAAUAUGUCGACAAUAUAAAUUGCCUAAGGUGUAUCAAUAACUUAGAAAAUCUUGCACCGUAUUUACAAAAUGUUUUCUACUGUGAAGUUGAAGAUGAAAGCUCUGGUACUUGGCCUAGAUUAGGCAUUACAUGCUGAUGUUGCCUUUAUUUUUCGAAAUGUGUAAAUGCCCCACAAUACCAAUUGGAAAAUAAGGAUUCUUGAGCUUUUUGGGGCUUGAAAUGGAACGGUUUCUUGGAUUUAUGCAGUAAAAAUUAUUUACCAAAUAUGAAUGAAAGCUAAUCGGUGGACUUGGACUGACCAAGAUGAUAGUACUAACCAAGUGCCUCACAUCUUUGGUUUUAGCUUCAGGUAAUAACUAGUCGGGGUAAAAAAAUAUAUAUAUUUGCACUGCAUUGGAUGUGCUUAGGGAUUGUUCAUUAUAUAUGUAUGUUGAACUUCUUAUGUAGCCAACUGUGCUAAUCAGAGGUCCGGGGAAGGACAACAAACUAAACAAAAAUCAGUGCUAAAGAAAUGAGUUUUCAAUAAAGACUUAAAAUUGCUUACUCCAGCGGCUUAAUAAUAGGAAGAGCGUUCCAGACGGCUGCAGAAGCGCAUCUGAAAGUGCUCGAUGCAGUAGUGGUCUUUGCUUGAUGGCUCGCCAAAAUCAGCUGCGAGGUUGAUCGGAGUUCGUGUGCUUUAUGCUCCUUGGUGAGACCAGCAAGGUAUUGUGGUUCAUUUGUGGCAAGCACUUUGUGUGUAUGAGUGAGACCUUAUAAAUGUAUUCGUUUGGCAACCGGAAGGCAAUACAACUCGGCGAGCACUGGACAGACAUGGUCGGAGCUUGCAGUACCCGUCAGAGAAUUUUGUACAUGCAGUGAGUAGCAAUAUUUGAGUCUUGUCGAUACUAUGGUAAACACCACCGUAUUACCUAUGUCAUGACUCAAUAGAGGUUGAAUUUGUCGUAGAGCCCUGAUAUGAAAAUUGCAGGACUUGACGACAUUCUGCACGCCGUGAGCAAAGGACAUAUUCUGUUCGAGUAUGGUGCCCGAGGCUCUUUAGAUGAGUAUAAAACUGUAUCCUGAAGUCCAUAACCGCCACACCUGAUCCACAAAUUUUUUUUGGCCCAAGUCCCAACCAGCAGAACCUCCGAUUUUUCUGGAUUAAGCAGCAUUUUGUCUCAUGCAAACUACAGGUGUACUGCUCACAUGCAAUCUACGAGGUUACCGAGGCUCUCCAAAUCUAACUUUAACUGCACUACGGUGUACAAUUGUGUAUCAUCAGCAUAUUGACGGAAUUUGAUGUUACGUGACGUAUGUUGAAAAAAGGAAGGACCCGAGGAUGGACCCCUGUGGUUCGCAGACUAAGCACGGCAUAGGCGAUGACUGUUCGUCGCCCAGCUUGAACUGCGAUCGACCUUUUAGGUAUGACUCAUUCCAUCCCAGUGCCGUACCCGAUACACCGAAACUUGACCUUAGCCACCGGAAGAGUAUCUCGUGGUCAAUGGUGUCGAAGGUAGCUGAGAGAUCGAAGCCAAUCAAUGCUGAUCUUGUAGAGGUCAUCGGUGAUCUUUAGUAGAGUUGUCUCAGUGCUGUGGAACUUCCAGUACACCGACUGCAAUAGUUUGAAUCUGCCUGUUGCAGCGACAUGGGGAAGUAACCACUUCGGACACAGGCACUCUAUGACCUGUUGAAAUCGUACUCAGGUUUGAGAUUGGGCAAUAGUUUGCAGGAUUACUGGCACAAGCCAGCUUUUUUCAGGAGUGGUUUUACCUGCGCCAUUUUGAACCGGUCUGGGAAACAGCCCUUACUGAACGAAAGAUUUGCCAAGUGGACAAUCGGCGGUACAAGCACUUCCAAGCAUGAUUUGAGAAGCGACGUGUGGAUGUUGCCGAGCGACGAUGUCUUAUUUGGCAGCCGUGCGAUAAACAUCGAUGACCUCUACCACCGAAGUUGGAGCCAGGGUCUCGAGUCUUGUGUUGCCUUCAAGUUAUAAAUUGCCGUCUUUGAUCACUUUUAUUGGCGAAGAACAUUGCAAGUACUGUGCAGAGACAUGGUUGCCUCGUUAAUGGGUGAUUGGAGUGCAGCAGACCCUUGACCUUGACGCUCCAGAGCACGGGAGUCAGAAGCCAACUCAUUGAUGCAAGAUAAUUAGUCGGUUGGCAGAUCUGCAGGCCGCCCUGUAAGCGGUUUGGGUAGUCUUGAAACUAGUUUUCGCCCAAAGACGCUUCAGCCUCCACGUCUGCUUAGCUAGUUUUACUGCACGCUUUCCCCAUUCUCUUUGUGCUUGUUCGAAUGGGCACGAGUUCAUCAAGAAGAGUAGUUCUGCAAAUGAAUUGACCGUCGAUGCAGCAUGUAGACACGUCGAUAAUGACCGGAUCUUGUGACGGAAUGCAUUGUGUUCUAGUCGUUUCUAGUCUCUAUGAUAUCAUUGUGAAUGGCGGGUGAAUAAUCGCUAAUGCCACUUUGCACGUCACAAGACUGGUCUGCGAUACGCACAUCUUCUAUAACAGCAUCAGUCACAGUUAUGGCAUCGGCAGAUGUGAUUUAGUAUAUUUCCUGUGCGCUGCUGACGUCUUGGGUUAAACUGUGACUGUCAAUAAUCUCGGCGAACGCACUAUUGAUUUUUUUUACCACAAGAAUUGACCACAUCUACAGCAAAACCCUUUGCGAGAUAUGUCAACAAUUGACGAAUUUUGGUCAGGUAUGGGUCGGCAUUUCCACAGCAGAUCAUAGCACAGUGGGUGCGGAACUCGAGUAGUUUCAACCGGAAAGUCCACCGAUCAGCACUCCCUUCUGCACGUUGGAUGCUGGGCCAAGUCUACUGAUGAGUCCCACCACAAUAUUGGUGACGUUUGGAUGAGAUAGAGUUGAUAUGUCGAUCCAGGCCAAGGGAAGUUCCAGGUAUGACCCCUCAUUCGCCAGGGAAGAGUGGAGGCAUUGCUUGACCACACCACGAGGGCAGGGCCCGGCCACAAACAGCUGGGCAGCAGAUGCUGCAACAUCUGCUAUCGCAAGGUGUUGUUGCCGCUGUCGCUAUUGUCCUUUCUGCUAGUGUUGCAGUUGCUGCUGCAGUUCUUGAUGCUAUUCUCGUUGCUGCUCUUGUUGCUUCUGUUAUAAUAAAAAUGCAAUUGAUAACGCGCGCAAAUCUGCGGACGUAACGGCCGCAAAUCCGCGGCGCCGAGCCAAGCUCAGUCGCUCGCAAGCGUGGUUGUAGAUGUGAGCUUUUAAGUGUCUCUUGAAGGAGACGAUUAAGGUGAUGCUUCGAAAUGUGCAGAGCACUUGCCUUCCAGACUGGGGCAGCCACCGAGAAGCGGCGCAUAGACGUCACCAUCCUGGAUCUUGGUAUCAAGAGGAGGUCUUGAGUCGCACUGCAAAGGCAUCUGCCGUGUGCUGCACUGCAAGUCGUCAAUAAUGAAGAGAGGUACGGGGGGGCAGGCAGAUGUGAAGGCGCGGUGGCAGAGGCAGGCGAUCCUGUAUGUGACCCUGCUGGCAAUAGGUAGCCAGUGGAGGGCACGGAGAGAGAGGCAAGUGAGUUGCGACGGAGAUGUGUGUCUUGGAAGUUUUUUUUUUUAGAAUGGUGUCGUCCACAUGAGGUGGUGCUUGACACCGAAGCUUGCGAUGAGGUGGCCAAAUGGGGAAGUGUAGGCCGUGAACAGCAAUGGACCGACUACGGAGCCCUGGGGGUCGCCGCACGACGCUUUUGUAUCAGCAGACGUGGACGAGCCCACCCUGGCUGAGGAUUGCCGAUCAGAAAGGUACGACAGUGUUCACUUGAGUGCUGAGCCACAUACACUGAAGUCGGAUUUCAGGAGGGAAGUAAGGAGCGAGUGGUUGACGGUGUCCAAGGCUGAUGAAAUGUCCAGACUUACAAUAGCAAGGAUGGAGCCUGAGUCAAUAAUCAUUCAAAUGUCAUCGAGCACUCUUUUGAGUGCUGUUUCUGCGGAGUAGUUUUGACGGUAAGCUGACUGGAAGGAGCAGUAGUUUGAGACGUGCUAGAAAUGUGGCAAGAUAGGGAAAUUAGUUCCAGAAGAGAAAGUGGCAUGCAAAGUGUUUGUAGAUAUUCGGCAAAAGGGAUUCCGCCGGGGUAGGACGUGUGCAGGAUGGAAGGAGGGCCGGAUACCGAGACAUGCAUUGGAGUGGUCUCCACAAUCCUAGCGACCAAGAGGAAGACCUAACAGCAGACGGGUACUGUUUGGGCAGAUCUUGGAGGUCGGUUGUCUACUGUGCAGCGGCUACGAGAUCUGACGAGGUGUGGUGCCAUCGGUGGCUUCGGGCAUGGUAAAACAUUGAUCAUGUUUUACAUUGACAUGUUUGAAUAUCCUUAUGAAAGUGCUGAAGGCUGUGCAACAGUUGUUCACUUUGUAAUACUGGAACCAUAAAUCAUGUAUACCCUAUGCACAAUGCAAAAUCAAAUGCCUUAAGACAAUGUUUAUACAAUUUUCUAAACUGCAGGAUGUUUAAUAGGGAUGUUUCACUUUAUAUUACAGUUAAACAUGUUGUUUGCAUGUUACUAUGUUUGAGAAAUAUUUGAGAUUUUAGAAUAUACAGUAUACUGUAAUGAUCUACCGUACAUGCUUGUAAGAAUUCACUCCAUCCCCCUCUCCCACCUCUAUUCUGCAAUCUCACGAUUAUGAUUCGGUGUAAUGAUUUUUUUUAUUUUGCAAAUGGGAAUAAAUGCAAUGAUUUUAGUCAACAUUGAACUGUAGUGUCACGGUUUGCACAACAACAUUGAAUUUUAAUACCCUCAUCACUGUGAAGUAGAAAAGUCUUUUCCACAAUGUAAUUCCUUCACAAGCCGUGCGAGCGAGGCGUAACUAAAAUAUGCGGUGCUCAGGCGGGCAAAGUCCCACAAUAUGGGACUGGCCUGGCACCUGUGAAGUGCUGUGUUAAAGUUGUGUGCUUCUACGUAAGGCAGAAAUGCUCCCGUGUUUAGUUAGCAAUAAUCUCAGAUCAGUCAACAUUCACUUCACAAAUAAAACAUGCUGAAAAUCCGAAUUUUCAUUUAUUUCUGCCAGUUGCUUGUGUUUGCAUGUACUGUACUGUACUUAUAAAGUCCCCCAGUCAAAUAAGAUAAUCUAAGUUUGUAUAAAACUUCGAACAAUAACAUUUACUCAUGCACUCUAUUCUUUGAGUUCAAUAUUUUGCCAAGAUAGAAAUUUGUUAAGCGAAAUGUGUUCGUACAAAAUCACAUUUUCUACAAAAAUUCGGAGUAUAUUGUUCAUAGACUUUAUUUCCAAAGGAUUGGGAGAGGCAUUACGGUAAACCUGCACGAAAUGGAAUAUCAAAUGAUCGUUUCAGAUAAGCAGGUUCACCGGUUCAAGCACCCAUUGCUGCUUGCCACUAAAAUUGGCCUGUGUGCCCUAAUUAAAAACUUGCUCUGGUCAAGGAAAAAAGGACGUCUGCAAAAUCUAUACACUAACCUUUUAGGUACAUGUUUUAAUCUGUGGUAUAUUUGUACCAAUGUGAAUAUAACCCUGAAUUAAAAACUCUGGCAACGUUUAUGAAAAUGGGAAA